AUGUACCCACAUGCUAGUGUGUUUAUGUCAGUUGAGGCUGAUUCGCAUAAACGAUAUUUUGAAUUUAAUAUUGGGGAUUAUGUUAUAUUGCAAGCUUGUAAUGCUUAUCCUUUAAAAAUGUUAAAGCAUGUUUAUUCAAAUGCACAUGUCAUUGCCCUUUCAUCACAUUUUGGCUACCACUUUGCUUUUAAUAUUGAGGACUUCAUUACUUACAAACUCUGUUUUACUUCCUUUGAUGAUCUAUUUCUACUUAGCUUUAUGGACCCCCAGCUUGACUAUGUUGAUAUUUCUACUUCAAUACCAUCUAUCACAGCACACAAAGAUAAAAUUGAUGUUAUUUUAGAUGAACGUGUUGUAUUGACCAAUGAUGACAAGAUUCAAUACUAUCUUGUUUGUUGGUCCAGUAUCUGUUAUUCCAAUUGUGGGCAUGGGAGGUGUUGGCAAACAACUCUUGUGCAGCUAGUGUACAAUGAUGAAAGAUUAAAGCAUAAGUUUGAUCUCAAGGCAUGGGUCUGCGUUAAAGAUAAUUUUAAUGCUUUUAAGGUAACAAAAUGCAUUCUUGAGUCGGUUUCUUCUGGAAAGAGUGACUAUAGAAACUUUAACAUGCUUCAGGUCACACUAAAGGAAAAUCUUUCAAACAAGAAAUUCCUAGUAGUUUUAGAUGAUAUUUGGAAUGAAAAUUAUGGAGAUUGGGAUAUCCUACGCCGUCCUUUCCUUUCUGGAAAAUCUGGAAGCAAAAUCAUCAUUACAACUAGACAAGAGGGGGUAGCCAAAAUCAUGUCUCAUAUUCCAGCAUAUCAUGUGACUGAGUUAUCUGAGGACGACGCUGUGUCACUAUUAGUUCAACAAGCAUUUGGAGGCAAAAAUAUUGAUGCAAAUCUAGAUUUAAGAGAUAAUUGUAAGUCUGUGGUGAGAAGAUGUAAGAACUUGCCACUGGCAGUAAAGGCCCUUCAGGGGCUUCUACGUACGAAAGGUCCAAAAGAAUGGGAAGAGGUGUUGGAAAGUAAGAUCUGGAUGGCUGAUGAGAAGAGCGAAAUUCUUUCAGCUCUAAAAUUGAGUUACCAAUACCUUCCUCCUCAGUUGAAAAGAUGUUUUGCUUACUGUGCACUCUUUCCUAAGGACUAUGAGUUUGACAAGCUGGAGUUAGCAAACCUUUGGAUGGCGGAAGGUUUUGUGCAGGAAUCAAAGAAAGAAGUAGGCAGUCAAUAUUUUGAUGAACUAUUGGCUACAUCAUUCUUCCAAUAAUCGAUUGCCAAUUCUUCACUCUUAGUGAUGCAUGACCUCGUUAAUGAUCUAGCUUUGUUUGUUGCUGGUGAUAAAUGUUUGAGGAUAGACGAUGUGCUAAAUGAAAAUUCUCCCACCAAGA